AUGCCGCAUCGCACCUCAUCCCUCCUCGCUCCAAGUUUCCCGCCCCAAUCUAGCUCGCUGCUACCGCCCCGUGGCAGCAUCACAGCAGAUCUCCUCCCCAGCAUCGCUCUUGCAGCACUGCGCCGCGGCACCAUUAGCAGGGGGCAGGCAGCACUGCUUACCGCAACAGAACGUGCCGAGAUCCCGCCCCAGAAGGUCCACACUGGGGCAGCACUCAGUCGCUCCAACGGUCCCAUCCGCCGCCGACGCACCACAGCACUUCGGCUUGGUGAGGGGGUUGCAGCAGGUGGAGCCGCAGCAGUGGUUGCGCUCCUUGGGGCAGCACUGGUCGCCACAGCACUUGUAGUCCGGCGGGCAGCACUUAUCCCCGCAGCACUCCUGCCCUGCCUUGCAGCACUGCGCCCCACAGCAUGUCAGCCCCGUGGGGACCCCAGUCGUCGGGUUCACCUGCGGGCAGCACGUGCCGCCCAGGGUCGUCCCCUGGAUACUGCAGCAGAGGGACUUGGAGGCGAGGUCGCAGCAGGUCCUCCCGCCACAGCACGUGCUGCCGCCUGUGCAGCACGCUGCCCCACAGCACUUAUUCCCCGUCUCUUUCCCAUCGAUGUUCAGCAUGGGGCAGCAGUCAGUAGCCGGAGGCGUUCCCGUGGUGGAGAGAGAAGAAUUACCGCAGCACUGCGGUUGGAACUUCCUCUCACAGCACUUGUUGGGCCCGCAGCACUGGAACCCUGGCUUGCAGCACGUGGCACCGCAGCAGUCGCCAUCCACCGGGCAGCACUUUCCGCCACUGCAGCACUGAGUCCCCUUGGGGCAGCACGUGCCCUCGGCGCAGCAGCUCUCGCCCAGCUUGCAGCACUGCACCUUCACCACGUCCUCCUUGGGCUUCCUCGCCAGCAUCCCCACGGACCGGCCCAGCAGGGCCACCGUGAAUGCCUUGGCGUUGCCAGCCACGUCAAUUCUGGGCUUGCAGCACAACGUCUCAGCCGGGCAGCACUUGCCGUCACCGCAGCACACGGUGCCCUUCUUGCAGCACGUCUUGCCGUCCUCGCAGCACUGGCUGCCCUCGGGGCAGCAGGUCUCCAUGGGGGUGCCCUCCCUGUCUGUGCAGCACGUGUCGCUCUUGAGGCAGCACUUGCGCCCGCAGCACUGGUUGCCCGUCGCCGCGCCAGUGGAAGUCGCAGCAGGGCAGCAAGCCCCCUGCAGCUCCACCGACGCUCCUGUAUCAUCGGUGCCCUUGAUGGCGCACAGCAGCGGCUUCUGCGUCACGUCACAGCACGUGUUGUUCCAGCACGCGGCCUUCUGAACAGGGCAGCACUGCCCGUCGCCGCAGCACUCGAACCCGGGCUUGCAGCACGUCGACCCGCAACACUGGGUGCCCUCAGGGCAGCACUGGUCCAGCGGGAUGCCGUUCGCGUCCUUGCAGCAUUGAAAGCCCUUUCCGCAGCACCGCUUCCCGCAGCACUGGUUGCCCGUCUCCGCGCCGUUGGCGUCCAGCCCCGCGCAACACUCCCCCGGCUUGCGGUCGUAGCCCACGCAGCAUUGCGCGCGCAGCUUGGGGUCGCAGCACGUGCUGCCGCAGCACGUGGACUGAAGCCCCGUGGGGGUUUGGGUCAUCGGGCAGCACUUGCCGUCGCCGCAGCACUGCGUGCCGGCCGGGCAGCACUCCUUGCCGCAGCACAUGGUGCCCUCCUUGCAGCACUUGCCGUUGCCGCAGCACUUGGUGCCCUUCUCGCAGCACGUCUUGCCGUCGUCGCAGCACGAAGCGCCUUCGGGGCAGCAGCGGUUGAGAGGGUUUCCGCGCGGGUCCUUGCAGCACACGGAGCCGGACUUGCAGCACGCCGUCCCGCAGCACCGCAGACCCGUCGACGCGCCGUCCGCCGUCACUCCCGGGCAGCACACGCCCAGCGCGCCGAUGACCUCCGACGGCCCGGGCUUCCCGGGCUUCGCCGCCGCGGGGAGCAGCGCGUUGAGGAGCGCGGUGCCGGUGGUAAGCACCUGGGUGCAGCACUGCGGCUGGAGCUUAGUCUCGCAGCACUGCCCGUUGCAGCAGGAGAAGCCAGGCUUGCAGCACUUGCCGCCGCAGCACGCGGCGCCGACGGGGCAGCAUUGGCCGCCACAGCACUCCGCGCCCUGGUCGCAGCACUUGCCCUUGCAGCAGCGCUGCCCGCGCGCGCAGCACGUCUUGCCGUCGCAGCAGCCCGUGCCUUGCGGGCAGCAGUUGGCGCCGCAGCAGUCGCCCGCGCAGCACUGCGCGUUGAGUUUGGUCGUUCCGCAGCACUUGUUGGCGUGCGCGCAGCACUUUCCGCCGCAGCAGCGGCCCUCCUGGUUGCGGCAGCAUUCGCCGAAGAUGGCGGGGUUGAGUUUGAAGGGCGUGCAGCACGACACGCCGAACUCCUCGCCUCCUAG